AGCUCCAAAUAUCUGCAGGUUUGCAUGAUGGCUCAUGGCUUUGAGACCGUUGAUAAGUGUUGUAAUGACUAUGUUGAAAAAGAAGGCCAAUACUUACCAAGACUCAACUUCUUGAAUCUAACUUUAUAUAAAACCAAAAUUCAACGUAUUCAAUUUUAGAGCAUGAAUAUCAUAUUUAUUAACAAGCCCCUGGAAAGAUGAUAUGAAAGUAGAUUGAAUAUACCAGAAUAGAGUCCACAUCUGUUAUGCAAAUGUCAGAGGAAGGGUUCUUCUGCUGGUUGGGUGGUUGAAGUCCCAGUCAAACAGAGGAUAGGUGGAGCUGUUUCUCUCCCUCAGCGCUGCACUCUUUAUAGGAGAGCAGAAUGAAUGGAGCACAGAACAGCAGAGUACUGUCCAGAUAACACACAGCUACUCUCCCUCAGCCUGCGGCCCACACUCCUUGGACCUCAUGAUGGCUUUUUCUACUUCCACCAUCGCUGCUCUGAUGCUGACCCUGCAAGGUUUGGAAGCGGCUCUCGUUUUAACCCAGGAGAAGACCCUCUCUGUGAACGGAGGAGACAAUGUCAAAAUAUCCUGCACUGAAACUGACAGCAGCAGCGACUAUACGUUGUCCUGGUACCAGCAGAAGAGUGGUGCACUGCCAAAGUAUUUACUUUACACAACUGGCAGUAGUGCAAGUGGCGUUCCCAGUAGGUUUACUUAUUCUGGUACAGGAGGUGACAAAACUGAGUAUCUACUGAUUAAUGGCAUUCAAGAUGAAGACGAGGCGACAUACUACUGUGCGUGUGUCGGCUGUAGUGCAAACCACAACACUGGAUUUGGUGGCGGCACUGAAGUCAUUCUUGCUGGUUCCCCGUCUCCCCCCAGUCUGGAGCUGAUGGUGCCCACCCAGCCUCCUGUCCCGGGGCUGGGGGGGCCCACUCUGGUGUGCCUGGCUAAGGGCUUCCACCCGGCCGGGGCCACCCUGUCCUGGUCCGAGGACGGAGCCUCUGUGAGGGGCGAGGAGGUCCAAGCGGGCGUGGCCCAGCGGCAGCCUGAUGGAAGCUACACCCUUAGCAGCGUCCUCCUGCUGCCCUCCACAAGGUGGCGCUCAGGACACACCUUCACCUGCCAUGUGAGCCACUCUGCUCUCAGCAGCCCGCUGAGCAAGAGUGUGAGCAGCCAGCAGUGCUCCCUCUGACAGAGGACGAGAAGAUACAGGGAGCGCUACAGGAGGACGACAGGAGGAGAAAUAGAGUAGAGUACGCAACCUUUUAGCGGCUUGGUUGGCCUGAGAUCCAGGCUCAUGUCCUUCAGCUCUGAGUGAAAUACUUCACCAUGUUUUAAUGCUUUACUGUGUUCAAUAAAACUGCUUCAUCAUGACCCAUCGCUGU